AUGUCUGAUAGCGAGUCAUAUUCCGAGCGCGAGCCCAACGCGUUCGACGAGGAGUCAUCGGACGGUCUCUUUGACUCCGACGUUGAAGCGGCAGGGCCUGAUGCCGAGGGCGGGAGUGAUACCGACAUCGAGAUACUCGGCGAAGGGCCCAGCGUCAUUCCAACACACGGAGUCGGGAAGGGGCUAAUGACCGCUCCCGUCCCAUUGUCCAUUGUCUAUAGUGACGGCCGCCACGUGGGCCUCGGUAUGCCCGGGGAGGCGAGCGGUAGCCGUCAAUCGGAACCCUCCACUUCUGGGCGUGGAGAGUCGGUAGCCAGGCCGCCAUCUGGACCCAGGGUAUCGGUGGUGUACCCAAGCAACCCUAGGGUGCCCAUGGGGGUGCCGAAGGAAAACCUAUUCGGCGUGGACUAUCUUGGGCCGAACAAGAUUACCGAUCGGGAGAUUACCAAGCUUCGAGUAGAGUACCGCAUUCCUGACUCGGUACGGAUGAGGAUCCCGGGCCCUACCGAAUCCCUUAGCGCGCCGAAGGACGGCGAAGUAGUUUUCUUUACCGACGUCCUUGUGCAAGGCGUUCGGUUGCCGUUGCAGCCGGCGGUGCAGAGGAUCCUAGCCCAGAUCGGCUAUGCCCCGGGGCAAUUCAACCCCAACUUCUGGGUGGCUCUCAUGGGAGUCAUAACGGCCUUCGGUAUGGCUGGCGAAGGGAGCCCCUCCUACGAGCAGUUCUCCCAUCUGUACAGCGUCACCAAGUCCAAGUGUGCCGAUCAUGGCGGAUGGGUGUAG